ACAGCUCUUGUCUGUGUUUCAUAUCUUUGCUUUAAGAAACGUGGCCUUAGCGACACAAGAAGAAGGGCAAAAAGAAGAGCAGCUCGUCCAUGAAUGACAAGCUUUCGGCUCCUCUUUUUCCUCCAUCAGUAGACGUGAUUCCCGCAAACCUCCAGCGCCACCCCGAAGACCCUCCACCUCCGAAGAGCCAUGUCUGAGGUGGAACAAGCCCCGGCUUCGGCCCCGCAGGCCGCCGCCGCGCUCCUGGACGCCUUGAACACAACAGACUCCAAUGGGACGGACGCUGUCAACGCGACGGCGAAGUUUGUGGCUACCCCGGAGGGCACCGCGCUGGCGUACGGCAGCCUGGUGCUCAUGGCGCUGGUGCCCAUCUUCUUCGGAGCCCUGCGCUCAGUGGCCUGUUCAAAGUCCAAGGAGCUCGGAGACAAAGGGUACGAUUCAGGCUUCAGAAACGCGUCGGACAUGCCAGAGACCAUCACCAGCCGAGAUGCUGCCCGGUUCCCCAUCGUCGCCAGCUGUACUCUCUUUGGACUGUACCUCUUCUUCAAGGUGACCUUCCUUCUCGACCCACACUCACAACAGCACGUCACAGAAGUGUUUUCUCAAGAGUACAUCAACCUGCUCCUGUCGGUCUACUUCUUCAUGCUUGGAGUGCUUGCACUGUCUCAUACUAUGAGUCCUCUGCUGUCCAGAAUCUUUCCAGCGUCUCUGCCAAUCAAACAGUACCAGCUGCUCUUCACGCAGGGCACUGGUGAAGCCAAAGAAGACAUCAUCAACUACGAGUUUGACACCAACAACCUUGUGUGUCUGCUGGCCAGCAGCGUGGUGGGUGUCUGGUACUUGCUCAAAAAGCACUGGAUCGCCAACAACCUCUUUGGACUAGCCUUCGCGCUCAAUGGGGUGGAGCUUCUCCACCUGAACAACGUCAGUACAGGCUGUAUCCUGCUGGGAGGACUGUUUGUGUAUGAUGUCUUCUGGGUGUUUGGUACCAAUGUCAUGGUAACUGUGGCCAAGUCUUUUGAGGCGCCAAUCAAAUUGGUCUUUCCUCAGGACCUGUUGGAGAAAGGUAUGGACGCCAGCAACUUUGCCAUGCUGGGUCUCGGUGACAUCGUUAUCCCGGGAAUCUUCAUCGCGCUGCUGUUGCGUUUUGAUGUCAGCCUGAAGAAGAACAGCAGAACAUACUUCUACUCCAGUUUCCUGGCCUACAUCUUCGGACUGGGCCUCACCAUCUUUGUCAUGCACACCUUCAAACACGCACAGCCCGCUCUGCUGUACCUGGUCCCUGCCUGUGUCGGCUUCCCCGUGGUCGUGGCGCUCUUCAAAGGGGAACUCACUGAGAUGUUCAGGUACGAGGAGUCCUCUGCGGAGGAGGCACUAGUCAAAGGCGACUCAUCAGAAUCAGCGAAGAAGGACCAAUAGCAUUCAAAGACCACCACACCCCUCGCAAAUAUCCUCAUCAGCUUGCCAUAUCUCAUUCAGCUGCUUCCUCAUGCACUUCCUGUCACUUGUCAUUCUGCAACUCUAUUGGUGGACUGUCUGCAGAGGUGGGCGGGACCGUGGGAAUGCCCCCUCCUCCAAUAAGCCGUAAAAAGAGCAGAGGGGGCGGGGCGUCCACAUAAAGGAGCUGAUCACAUGAUGAUGGAGUGAGAGAUUUUUUUUUUUAUAUAUAUAAACUUGAGUUUGAAGAUUAAUUCACAACAAAAAAAAUGUUUCUUUUGCUUCCAAAUGUUUUGAUGAAGCUCUUCAGUCAAAUGGAGCAUUUUUGUCUUAUUUGUUUUAUUAGCCAGUAUUUUUGGAUGUGUGAUGUGCCUUUUCACUCUUAGCAAGCCAAGCACUCAUUCUUUUUACCACCAAGAAACAAAGUGAGCCUAACAUGGCAAAUAAUCCAAAGGAAGUCAGACAUCCUCUCUCAAAUGUUAAUUUAAUGUUUAUUAAACAUGAUUGACCGAGUUAAUUAUUUUAAAGCUUGGAUGAACAGAUUGGCUUCAAAGGGCUAGUCAAGCAUGUAAACUCCUAUGACCCCCCCCCCCGCCGCCGCCUCCAAUCCAUCCAUCUUUCAGGAUAGUUUUUAUCAGGUUUAUUCCAAUAAAGGGUAUACUUCAGAAGGUACAAUGGGAAUUUCAUAAAAGCUCACAUACAGAGAAUUGUUUUUUGUUUUUUUGCUUUUGGGUUAGAUGACAGUAUUUUUGGAAGCAGUUAUUGUUUGGAAUAUUGCCUGUUGAAAUCCAUUUUCCAGUAUAGUCUGCUGGAGCUGGCAUGGUUGACGUUGGUGUUAUUGCUUUGUUUUCUAUCUUGAUGUUAAGGAGAAAAAAGCCCACAAGAAUAUUAAAUGUCAUGCUCUCAGUGAAGUUUAGCAGUUUCAUUUACAAGAAUUGCUUUUUGUUUGUUUUAGGAGGUAGUUUCCAAACUGGACUGUAUAUUUUAUUUCCAAUAAACAUGUUUUGCUGACCGUAUAAAGCAGUUUAACUAUGACGUGCCACACAGAACAGUUUGCUUUUUCAGUAAUUGAACGAGUUGUCAUUUUUGUAAACGUGAAGAAACGAUUUGACGUGUAUAAUAUACAGGUAUGUUUCCUGAGUAGGAAUAAGUUUAUCAAACAGGUUAACACAA